AAUAACGACGACCAUUUUAGAAAAAAAAAAAUGAUUCAAAAGUUGCCGUUACGAAUUUUUUCGCAAAUAAAAAUUUCAAAAUUCACAACUAUAACUUCACCAUAUCAUGGAAUUAUACCAUCAAUUCAAUUCAAACCGAUAAACUUAAAUAUACCUUAUCGUUAUUCAUCUUUAAAUAUUCAUCAUCGUUUCUUUUCAACACCAGUUACUACGCCAAUAACAGCUACUCCUGAAAAAAAGUCCAAUACAACAACAAAAAUCAAAAUUCGAUCUCUUCCUGAAAUAUCAUCAAAGACACCACGUUAUAUUGCUUAUGGUAUAAUUGGAAUUUCAUUUUGGGCUACGGCUAUAGCAUUAUCAUUUAAUUAUCAACGUAUAAAUAGUAGUACAGUUCAAGGAAGUCUAUCUAAUGUAAAACAUCAUCCAAAAGCUAUACAAUACUUAGGACAAAAUAUUAACUUUACAGCACCUCAAUGGUGGCCUUUUCCUUCACAAUGGACAUUUCCUUGGGUUUCAGGGAACAUUAACCAAUUAAAAGGAAUUGUAAAUUUUAAAUAUUGGGUAGAAGGAAGUGAUG